UCUGGAAAGGUGCCUGAUAUUCUUUCUGCAUUGUUCUAAAAAAUAAUAUAUGGUCAAAAUUAUGUGAUGGGACCACAUCACUUGAUGCUACAGUUUUAACCAGCAAUACCAGUAAUUUCUCAUUUGUGGGUGUUAAUUGAUUUUCCUUGUGUCCUCCUUUUAAAUGUCAGAUCACUCAGCACAAGUGGGCAUGGCCCUUUAUGCAGCCAGUAGAUGUUGAAGGACUUGGUUUGCAUGACUAUUAUCAGGUCAUUGAUAGGCCCAUGGACUUCAGUACAAUAAAAAAUCAAAUGGAGGCCAAGGAUGGUACAGAGUAUAAGCACGUCCGGGAGAUAUGUGCUGAUGUGAGGUUGGUUUUCGAAAAUGCAGUGAAAUAUAACGAUGAAAAGAGUGAUGUUCAUGUAAUGGCUAGAACGUUGUUAGAGAAAUUUGAGGAGAAAUGGCUGCAACUUUUGCCAAAAGUUAUUGAGGAGGAAAAAAGAAGAGAAGAGGAGAAAGCGGACGCACAGUUAAACAUGCAGCUAGCUCGGGAUGCUGCUCAUGCCAAAAUGGCUAGGGAUUUAAGUAAUGAGCUUUAUGAGGUCAAUAUGCACUUGGAAGAAGUCAGAAAAAUGGUAGUACAAAAGUGCAGAAAAAUGUCCACCGAGGAGAAAAGAAAACUUGGGAUAGCUCUAACUCGAUUGUGUCCUGAAGAGCUUAGUAAAGCACUGGAGAUUGUAGCUCAAAGUAAUCCAGACUUCCAAGCAACAGCUGAAGAGGUGGACCUUGACAUUGAUGCCCAGAGUGAAUCCACUUUAUGGAGGUUAAAAUUUUUUGUGAGAGAUGCACUAGAAGCUCAGAACAAGAGUUCAAGCAUGGGUGGCAACAACAAUGUCACCGAGGGCAAUGCUGGGAACACAACUAUUACUAACGCAGUGUCCAAACGAAAAAGAGACAUCUGCAAUGCUCUUGCCAAGACUGCCAAGAAACCAAGUAAAAAGCCUGCGUCUUAGUUUAUACAAUGCACCAUAUCAGCCACGUAGGUCAUUGGGGCUGUGUGGUUUGCAUUUCAUCUGAACUGCUGUGAUGAUGCUCAGGAACAGAAGAACAAACUAGGCUAGCUUGUCAGAGAAAGGAAACAUAUAAAUAAGGAGUCCAAUUGUAUUCUUAACUAUUGAAAGCUGGAUGUUUUACAAAAUCAAUUUUGAAGUCAUUUUAGGUUUUAGAACUGUUUUCUGUAAAUAUACGUGAAACACUUGCUUCCUGUUAUUGUUUGGGCAGAUGCUCUUUGCUUUCUGGGAUGUCUGCACCUGCCAAGUUUUUAGGAUUGUGACGUGUAAUUGGUAGUCUAAUAUUGAGGAAAAGUAAGAUAAAAAUG